AUGGCAUCAGGAGGACAUUUAUAAAAAUUUAUACUGAAGGAAAAAUUUUUAGCGCUAGUUCGCCAUGUUAAGCUUUGUAAAAGUUUGUUUAUAAUUUAAAAAUCACAGUAGGUAUGAAUUUUUUUAUUCCAUUAGUUAAAAGAAAACAAAGAAGAACUGUGUGAGUCUCCUUUGCAAACAAGUAUAAAAUAAGUUGGGUUGAUGAGGUUUGAAUUUCUUCCACCAGUGACAUUAUGACGAGCACACAUCUAAAUAACAUGUGGAAUAAUACUACUAUAAAUAACACAUCAGCACAGAAUAAUAACCAAAGUAAUAAAACAGUUACGCUUGGUGUUACUUCACCCAUUAGUACAGCCUUCCCCAAACCUGAUGAUAUUCAAAGAACAAAAGAACUUGAAAAAGUUUUACGGGAGUAUGGCCUCUUUGAGUCUGAUGAGGAACUGGCUCAUCGGAUGGAAGUUUUAAGUAAAAUAAACCAGUUGGUCAAACAGUGGAUAAAAGAAAUAAGUAUUAAAAAGAACAUGCCCCCAAGUGUGGCUGAAACAGUUGGUGGGAAAAUUUAUACAUUUGGUUCAUACAGAUUAGGUGUUCAUACUAAAGGAGCUGAUAUUGAUACAUUGUGUGUUGCUCCAAGGCAUAUAGAAAGAACUGACUUUUUUUCUUCAUUUGUUGAGCUUUUGCGAAAACAACCAGAAGUUCAAGAUCUUCGAGCUGUUGAAGAAGCAUAUGUCCCUGUUAUCAAGAUGACAUUUGAUGGAAUUGAACUUGAUAUGCUGUUUGCACGCUUAGCCCUAAAAGACAUUCCUGAGAAUCAAGAUCUGCGAGAUGUUAGCCUUUUGAAAAAUUUAGAUCACAAAUGUGUGAGAAGUUUAAAUGGUUGCCGAGUAACCGAUGAAAUUCUUCAUCUUGUUCCUAACAGGGAGAGUUUUCGAUUAGCUUUGCGUUCUAUCAAACUAUGGGCUAAAAGACAUGGUGUUUAUUCCAAUGUUCUGGGGUAUUUGGGUGGUGUGUCUUGGGCAAUGCUAGUUGCUAGAACAUGUCAGUUGUAUCCGAAUGCAACAGCCUCUACUUUAGUGCACAAAUUUUUCUUGGUUUUUUCUCAGUGGCCAUGGCCCAAACCUGUUUUACUUAAACAACCAGAAGAAAACAAGCUCAAUUUUGAAGUUUGGGACCCUCGAGUUAAUAUAGGGGAUCGUUUUCAUUUGAUGCCAAUCAUAACUCCUGCAUACCCUCAUCAAAAUUCAACAUUUAAUGUAUCCUACUCCACAAGAACCAUUUUGCAGACCAGUUUCAGAAAUGGUCUGGCUGUAUCUGAUGACAUACUUCAUGGGCGAUGUGAAUGGACUAAACUUUUUGAGCCAGAAAAUUUUUUUACCAAGUAUAAGCAUUACAUAGUCUUAACAGCCACAGCUCCUACAAAGAAAGAACAUCUAGAAUGGUAUGGUUUAGUGGAAUCAAAGAUAAGAAUCUUGAUUACACAUCUGGAACGUCAUCCUAGCAUUGAAUUAGCGCAUGUGAAUCCUCAAACUUAUCCUCCUUUAGUACCUGAGCCAGAUGUGUAUCAGUCUAUGUGGUACAUGGGAUUAAAAUUUAAUAAAUCAGAAAAUAUAAAUGUAGACUUAACCCACGACAUUCAGCAGUUUUCAGAUUCAAUCACAAGGCAAGCAUCCAGUAAUAAUGUAUAUAAAAAGGGAAUGAAGAUAGAAACAAAGCAUGUGAGAAGAAAAGAACUCUCAAAAUAUAUUCCUGCUAACCUCCUUGGGAAACCUAAAAAGAAAGAGAAGACUUCCAAUGCCAACUCUAGUUUAAAUUCUACUUCUACUCCUCCUGGCAACAGUAAGAACUCUAAAGUUAAUGAAACAAAUGGCUCAGAAUCAAAAGCUCUGGAUGGAAGUCAGCUCAAUGAUUCUGAUGCAAGUAGCAGCAGUACUGGAAGUGUUUGCAAAAAGCGCCCAAUUGAUGAGGAUGGUAGUCCAACUGCAAAACGACAGUCUGUAGAUGGUGACAGCUCUACAGUUUUCAGCUCGACUCUGAGCAGUUUAAGUCAGAGAGAUGUUCAACUGCCGUUCUUGGAGAGUAAUGACUCUGCUACUGAGGAUUCUCAGACAAAUAUCAUUCUUCCAUCUGAUGAUAAUUCGUUUGAAGGUGGAAUGAAAAAAGAGCUUGAUUCAGAAAGCAACACAAAUUCUGAACUCCCUUCUUCUUUGGAUUCCUGUGGAGAUAAUGCUGUUGAUGCAAGUGAAACACAAUUCAACAAUGCAGACAGCUCCAGUGACUUAGUACCUUGCUUAUCAGAAAACUCAAAUGCAUCUAAAGAGGAACUUAGUAUGACAUCUUGAGUUAAUAUAAUGGUAUAAUUGUUGCUGCCUAUCAGCUCUCUGCAGGGUACCUUAGAAUAAGGUUCUGUGGACGCCUCAAGCCCCUGCACUCAUGAACGGAUAUUGAAGACUUCAAAGGCAUUCAAAAUUUUAUGUAUUUUUUAGUAUAUCUAUUAUUUUUUUAACUCAUUCCAUGAACCUUGAAAAUGAUAACUGAAUUAUUUGUCCUUUUCUUCACAGUGGGUUGCUGUAGGAAUUUUUUUUUUACUGUCAUGUUUUAUAUUUAUUUUAUUUAAUUAUUCUUCAUUCCCAAUGUGGGAAGGACCGAUCUCUUAAGUCGUAUUCAGGGAGUGUAGGCGAAUUGUAAAUAAUGUUUUAGGCAAAAUUGCAUCACUAAUAUCUGUGCAUUUUCUGUAUAUAACAUCUCCAGAAUUUUCUUUUAAUUCACAAAUUUCAUCAUUUUACACAUGAUUCAUUCUGCCUGUGAAUAGGUAUUUAAUGGAAAAAUGUGCAAGCAUCCCCGGAGCAUGGUUGUUAAUCUUCACUUGUUAUGGAAAUCAGGAUAUUAGAUGGUACAUGUAAUAGGUUGGCACCAUGAGGCUUCAAGCAAAUCUAGUUGCAGUUGCCAUCCUUACAUGAAAUGGAAUAAUAAAAUAAAAAAUUAUGAAAAAUUUAUUUGUUAGUAUCUGAAAUAAUUCAGUUCUCAGCCAAAUGUACUAUCGUGUCUUGAUAAUAAUAAAAGCUUUCUUUUUUACCUA